AUGGCAAGCUCGAGUGGCGAUCAGCCGCCCGCCGACGGCCUCCGCAACGCCGGCCCCGAAGCAAAGCGCUUCACCGUGGCCGACGGCCAGCUCGGCAACAUCGCGACAGCUGCGUUUGCUGCCUUGAUACGCCUGGGGUCAGGCGGCUUUGCCUCGGGCUACUCCAGCGGCCUCAAGGCCGACGAUGGGUCCUACGGCGUCCUCAAGGCGGCCGGCCGCAGCGUGUCGGAGGUGCGCCGGCAGAGCACGCCGUCGAGCGCGAGUGCGGGCGGCUGCGCGUGA